AUGUCACCGCAUACGACCCCGGUCACCGACCUUGGACUCCCCAUUGAGCUAUGGAUCCAAGUCCUUCGGAGUGCUUCAAGAGGAACACAAGCGAAGAUGAUGCUCGUGAAUCGCCCACUGAGCGAAAUCGCAGAAAGCCUCCUCUAUCACUCCGUCACUUUAACGUGGAAUAUAGACGUUCCAAAAUUCAGCCAAUCCAUCGCCUCCUGCAUCCGACGCGCUAGUCUGGUGAUCGAUAUCCACAUCCUGCAAAUAAAACCGCUCGGCGACAACCGUGUCCCGGCCCUGCUGCCAUAUCUCAUCGGUACCCUCCAGAACUUACGCACGAUGACACUCAAGAUGACAGUAGCAAGGAUGGCAAGCUGCGACGACAUCUUGCAUAUACGCCUCCCUCACUUGCGCAGCUUUACGUGCAACAUGAAUAUCAACUCGGACGAGGUCUUCUUCAACUUCCUAACAGCACACGAAGACCUUGUAGAGCUCGACCUAGGCUUCACCUACCCGCCGAACCUCCCAGGCGUUGAGGAUCGUUUGGACAAGAAGCCCUUCUCCUCACUGCAUACCAUAGCGUGCUCGUCGCGCUGGCUGAACAGCCGCUUGCCAGUCCUGCACAACCUCACGCACCUCUACUGGACGGGCUACAUCGCGACGGAGGUCGCGCACAUCGCGACCCUCUUGGACCUAGUGUUGCCGCCAAGCCAGCUAAGCUAA